GCUCUAUCUCUAAUCUCUCUCUUUGCCUGCCGAGAGAAAGAACGAUCAUCUCACCCUCUCGAUCCAUUGAACUUUCCAGCCCUCCUCCGCUCUCUGCUUCAAGGCAGAAGGAAAGAAGAAAGAAAAAUCGAAGGUUUUCUUCAUUCGUUUGAUCGCACUUCGCCAUGCCUUCCGAGGACUCGCCUCGCUGGCGUGAAAAGGCCACUGAAUUCUUCUCUUCCUCUGGGGUGAGGCUUAAGCAAGCUGGGCAAUCAGCCGGGGCUUUUGUGGGAGAUGUAGCUAAGGAUGCAGGCGAAAACGUAUCUGAUAUGGCUGGGAAGGUCGGGUCGGUGGUCAAGGGCCGGUGGGUCCUCAUUCAGCAAGCCAGGCAAAACAGGCCGGCAGCACCGCCAGGAGAGAGCAUGCAAGAACGCCUUCUUUCUGCUGCCGCUUCCACUGGAUUGCUCCUGAGGAAGGGCUUAUCAGAAACAAAGGAGAAGGUUACCGUGGGAAAGUUGAAGGUCGAAGAGGCAGCAAAGAAGACAGCAGAUAAAAGUAAGGGCAUUUUAAAUAAUAUUGAGCAUUGGCAAAAGGGAGUGGCAAGCAAUGAUGUAUUUGGUGUUCCAAUUGAGCUUACGUUAGAACGGCAACAUUCUACCAGGCCUGUUCCUCAAGUAUUGGUCAGAUGUGCAGAUAAUCUCAUUAUAUCAGGAUUAAGCACUGAGUACUUGUUUAAAUCUGAAGGAGACAGAAAGGUUAUUCGACACUUAAUUUCGCUUUAUAACCAAGACUGGAAUGCAUCUUUGCCAGAGGGUGUAAGCCCAGUUGACUUGGCUACAUUAAUUAAAUGUUAUCUCGCUAGCCUACCUGAGCCACUUACUACAUUUGCUCUGUAUCAUGAAAUUAGAGAUGCAAGGAGUAGCUUACAUGACAUGAGAAAUAUUUUGAAGAAGCUUCCAAAUGCUAAUUACAUGACACUGGAAUUUGUUACUGCUUUAUUGCUCCGGGUGAGCCAGAAAUCAUCACUUAACAAGAUGGACGCUCAUAGCCUUGCUGUGGAAUUAGCACCAUUAAUAAUGUGGCAGAAAGGUGAUUCAAGAGAAGAUUUCCAUGUUCAUCUUAGCUAUACAUCAAAAGGUCCUUCGAAGACUCUGGAUCUGGCAUCAAAUCAGCAUGCCUGGGAUGGCCUUUUGGAUGAAGAUGAUGAUGAUGAUGAUGCUUCUUCCCAGAUCCCCUUGGAUGAUGAUGCACCCCCAGAUUAUGGUGCCAUUGAGGUAAUCCAGUGCCUCAUUGAACAUCACAAUGCCAUUUUCACAGAUGCAAAUGAGACCAUAUGGAGAUGAUUUAGGUCUUUGCUUUCCCAUUUGUGUGAGCUAAGGUGAAAUUUGAUGUAUACACUUCUUCUGAUCUGGGAAGUGCCGUUUCUCUCAGGAAUGUGAUUUUCUGUAGAUUGCUGGAAAAAUAUAUUUAUCUAGGAGAGUCUUGAGCUUUAAUAUAUUUGGAUUCUAUAUGGUUUAGCUUCUUUAGGGGAGACUUAGAAAAGAUUUUGUUGUUUCAUCAAUAACACAUAAUUUAUAGCUUGUAGAUAUUGUACAGUGGAGAAUUUUUUUGGUUGUAUUUGAAUACCAGUUUGGAGCAUUAGCCUUACCAAGAACAAUUUUUUA